AUGGAAGAAAGCAGUAUUUUAUCUAGUUUAGAGUCUUUGUUAGAUUCUAGACUGCAGACAUUUGAGAAGAAAAUAUACGAAAUAUCACAAAAUCAAAUUUUGGCGUGUACUAGUGGUACUUAUGUGUUCAAGAAGAAAGGCCACGAGCAACAGUUUAUAGUGAACGCUAAAGUUAUGGAAAAAAUGAGACAAGCAGACGGUUAUCUUGCCCCCAUUACUGAAGAAGAUUCGAAUUCGUCUGCUAGCAGUGCCAGAGAAAAAAUUUCAGAAGCGUCGCCAGCUUCAGAUAGUCGUCCUCCGAAUCAACAGACAUCAAACAGGAAACCAGGGCUAUGCUUCAAGUGUGGGAAACCCGGGCAUUGGCGGGCAGAGUGCCGCAUGGACUUGCAGGCUGAUAAGAAUAGCAAUACACAGAUAAGUAUAAAUUAUGGUUCAUUUUUGUUAAAUGAAGUUGAGGAGUCUGAUAACUUUAGUAUUGAGAAAAUGAAGUUAAGCUAUAAAUGCUCUAAUGAUUUGAUAAAGAAUGUUUCACAUACGUAUGACAACGAUAAGAUUUUAGAUAAAGUAGUGUCUCCGGUUGGGAGAUUGCAUGAUUGCAUUAAGCACUGGCAAGAGGCGGAGCCAGGUGAAUAUAUUUUAAGUGUAGUUUCAGAAGGAUAUAAGUUGCCUUUUAAAACGUUACCAAAAUCUGUUGAACUUACAAAUAAUAGGUCUGCCAGAGAAAAUGCUGCAUUUGUUUCGAGUGAGAUUCGAACCCUUCUCACUAAAGGUUGUAUAGAAGAAGUUGCAGAGGCACCUUUUGUGGUAAACCCGUUAACUGUUGCUUAUAAUAGGCAUGGUAAACCGAG